AUGUCAUUCUCAAAGUGCUGCAUCCAAGGCUUCGCGUGGCAGGGCACACCCACGGGGCACACCGGCAAACUCGCCAGCAACGACGUCUACAUCACCGGCGACAAUACGGACGUCUCUAUCCUGUUCAUCGCUGACCUUUUCGGCUGGACAUUCCCCAACGUCCGCCUCCUCGCCGAUCACUAUGCCCGCGAAGUCGGCGCAACAGUCUACGUGCCGGACUUUUUCGGCGGCGAGGUUCUAGAUUUCGAUCUCAUUGCCGCGGAAAAGUUCGACCAGCUGGAUCUGAAGGGCUUUAUAGAGCGGAAUGGCCGCGAGCAGCGCGAGCCGGAGAUCUUCGAUUGUGCGCGUGCCUUGAGACAGCAACUUGGAUAUAAGAAAGUCGGGGCAGUAGGAUACUGCUACGGCGGCUGGGCGUCGUUGCGUCUCGGUGCAAAGGAACAUACAUCUGUGCCAUUGGUGGAUUGUAUCGCGAUCGGGCAUCCGUCCCUUCUCAUCAAAAGGGAUAUUGAUGAAGUGGCUGUCCCCGUGCAGAUUCUGGCGCCAGAGAUUGAUAAGGCGUAUACGACGGAGCUCAAGUUACAUACGUUUGAGGCGCUGCAGCGGUUGAAUGUGCCGUUUGACUACCAGCAUUUUCCGGGCGUCGUGCAUGCGUGUUUGGUGCGUGGCGAUGAGAAGAAGCCUGGUGAGAGGGCGGCGAUGGAGAGAGGGAAGAAUGCGGUGGUUGCGUGGUUCGGACAAUUUUUGAAAGAAGCUUGA